AUGGCCCUACAUAUAGAGGACCUGGACAACAGGGGGCGCCGCAAUAACUUAAGACUGCGCGGCCUCCCUGAAACUGAGGACUCCCCCCAGCAGCUACAAGAAAUCCUCCUGGAAAUAUUAAAUGAGAUCCUAGGCCGAGACCACCAGGCACCCAUAGAAUUUGUAAGAGCUCAUAGAGCCCUCCGUCCUAAGGGCGCGCCAGAUAGCCCACCCAGGGAUGUCAUAUGCUGCCUAGCGAAUUUUGCCUUAAAGGAGACUAUCCUUAAACAAGCACGAGGCCGGCGAUCGCUCACCUACCGGAACCAAGACCUGCAACUCUUUCCAGAUUUAUCUGCCCCGCCUGCCCCUGGGCCGGGCUCUACCUACCUAGGCCCCCACUGA